AUGCUUCUUCUGUUAGAUUUUGCCGAUAAAGACGAUGCGACUCGAAUUGCCGAAAUCCACAUGACGGCGUUCGGGUCAAAUGCCAUGCUUCUGGCUCAGUUCCCUACGGAGGAGUCCCGCGAAGGCUUGCUGCAUAGCAGCGUGAUAAAGACCAAAGCAGACAUCGAUGAUCCCAAUACGACUGUUCUCGUGAUACGAGACGUGGAUAAUGUCCAGUCUCGGACAAACUCGCCAAGUGCCCAAUCGAGCAAUACGCAGAGCAACGACGGUGCUCGUCCGGAGAAAACGGGCUUAGCGAUCGCUUUCGCAAAGUGGACACACCCGAUCCCGAAGGACGGGGAAUACACAGAGCCACAGUGGAUCUGGCCACCCGGUACGGACCUAGGAUUACUAGAAGACUGGCUGACUACCAUCGAAAAGGCGCAAUCGCGAACUGUGGGGGACACUCCGUGUUAUCACCUUACUUUCAUGGGUACUCUUCCAGCAUAUGAGAAGCAGGGCGCGGCGACAAUGAUGCUCCGGUGGGGAAUGGCGCAGUGCCAAAAGGACGGCACUCCAGCAUAUCUCGAGAGCACCCUCGAAGCAGCAUCAUUCUAUGAGAAAAACGGCUUCAAACCGACAGAGAAGUUGUCUUUGGAAUACGAUAUUCCCGGGUCGCACAAGCUUGAGGUCUAUGAGGAGAUAGCAUUCGUGUAUCGUCCUUCGUAG